CACCUACGAUCUGGGUAGUAUAAGUUAUUAGUUAUUAUAGCUUUGUUUUUUUCCUUUGGAAAACUAAAUUUGCUGGAAGUCGAUUAAAUUCUGUUUGAAAAAAAUUAAUCGAGGGUCAAAAAAAAUGAAAACAGGUUAGGUACUACUAUUACCACACAGGUAAGUAUUAAUUUCAAGGGCAUAAUCUUUGAUAAGGUGCAGAAAAAAACGUGAGUCCAUGACACUAACUAUGGUUUUUAUUUACUUUAAACUUUCAUUUUCUAAUUUGCAUCUCCUCUCUUCGAACUUGAUUUGAGGUCACGAGUACAAUCAAACAGACAAAUCAAAAUCAUUGACCGAUCAAUCGAUUCUCAGAACUUAUAAUAGGUAUUUCCAGUUUGCAUUUCAAUUUUAGAAAAUUCAAAAAUCAACCUACCCCCCCUAAAGUUAUUACCUUAGAUGAUUUUAUUUCUUCUCCGCCUGAAAAAAGGUUGUGUGAAAAGUCUUCCUCGUCCAACGAGUUGAAAAAAAAACAAAAAUGGUUCCGUCAUUAAAUCUAACUAAUCGACGUAAGUAGCAUUAAGUUGUUAUGGUCUAGAUUAUAACUGAUGAACUUGACCAACAGUUGUUUUUUCAAUGGUUUAUCAGCCAUAACUUAAAUGAUGAUGAUAUCAAUGAUAUCAUUGCUAUCAGUUAUGAGAAGUACGGAGACGUACCUACGUGACAGAAACUUUGUUCAGUUUUUUCAAUUAAUUGUGGUGAAAUUACAUAAGGUAUUUUGUGAUAGCGAUUAGCAACGAUAUAGGAAAGAAAUUACUUUAAUUGCUUUCGGAUCAUACGCGUAGCUUUGCCCUUGGCGAUAACGAUAAGGUGAAAAUUUUCAUUGAAUAAUUACGACAAAUUCAUUGAACCUAUGCUUAGAGAAUUCGCAGUACACUAUCAUCUGCUUUAUACUCAUGUGUUGUGUGUGUGUUUUUUAAAGAAUAGGUACCUACCUAAAAAUCAAAAACUAUAUAGUUUUUAAAAAUUCGACGUGUGACGUGUUCUUCUCGAAACAAGUUUCGCAAUGUUGAAGUGUACCUACCUACUGUAAUAAUAGUGAUGUGCUAAGUUGAAAAUACCGAAUUGACUAAACAAAUGGAUCCAAAUGAAACAACUGUUGGUUCUCAAAAUCAAAUGGAAGAAUUUAUAGCUUUAAAUGAGUUGCAAAUUCCCUCACCAGAACUUGCGAAAGUCGAUGGAGAAAACAAUGAAAAAGAAAAAGCCAUCGAAGAAUAUGAAGAUAUGAUAAAACAACCCUUUUUAAAGAGACAAGACAUCGAUUGGAAAAGAAUUUGUUUUUUUGUAACAUUACAUCUCGUAGCCUUACACGGUUUUAUAACAUUUCCAUACAGAAAGAAGACAUCGACAUUCAUUUGGGGCUGGUUUCUAGUAAUCGUAGCUAAUUUUGGAAUUUCCGCAGGUGUACAUAGAUUAUGGUGCCACAAAACUUACAAAGCCAAACUUCCUCUGAGAAUAAUCUAUUUAAUAUUUCAUUUGGUAUCGGGACAGUACUCGAUGUUAAAUUGGGUAAAAGAUCAUCGAAUUCAUCAUAAAUUUUCAGAUACGAAUGCCGAUCCUGUCGAUCCAAGACGCGGAUUUUGGUUCUCACACGUAGGUUGGUUGGUCACGAAACCACAUCCAGCUGUUCUAGAAAAAGCAAAAGUAAUAGACGUGAGUGAUGUACUUUCUGAUCCCGUUGUUCAAUUCGGUGAGAAGUAUUUUCACACAUUGAGAGCAAUUAUCGGAUUUUUCCUACCAAUCAUCGUUCCUAUCUAUUUUUGGAAUGAAGAUUUGUAUUGGGCGAUUAUAUCGCAAUUCUUUAUGCGCUACGCUUAUUCUUUAAAUUGCACAUGGGGUGUUAAUAGUUUCGCUCAUAUGUUUGGAGAUCGUCCUUAUAACAGGUCUAUCGAAGCGAGGGAAAAUAUUAUGAUGACGUUGGCAAAUGGUGGUGAAGGAUGGCAUAAUUAUCAUCAUACUUUUCCUGCAGAUUACAAGGCUUCCGAAUAUGGUAAUUACAUAGUUAGAAUAAGUCUAACAACGUUAUUGAUCGAUGUUUUUGCUAAAAUUGGAUGGGCCUACGAUUUAAAACAGCCUUCUGAAGAACUUGUUCGGGCUGUUAUACUUAAUCGUGGUGAUGGUUCUCAUUGGUGUUCAAAAUCUGAUCAGGCGAAGACGAAGACAAAUUGAAAUAGUUUAUUCGCAGAAGCUUCAAAAAUUAAACUUUUAAGAAUGUAAUACAAUGUUGGCGAACUGUAGAAAGAUGUUCUACACGAUAUACGAGAAGCAUUCACCCAAAAUUUGCGAAGAGCUGUUGCUUGCCAUGAAAUUAUUUUUUAUCUAGGCACUUUGUGUAUUGUAAAAUAGAUCUGAACUUUGUAAAUGGCAUAAAAUGUAUCAUUUCAAAUAAAGUGCUAUUGAUUUACUGAA